AUGUCACUAAGUGAUUUAACACUAGAUGAAUAUUAUGAGAUCCAGGAGAAUGAGGUGGAAGCAAUGCAGUCAAUCUAUGCAGGUGAUUUUAUCGAUAUGACCCAGAGAAAGUCUACCUGGGACAAGAACCCUCAGCGAAUAUUUGAGAUAUCUUUAAGAUCCAUUGAAAAAGAUCCUGCAGAAAGUUGUAUUACAUUACAUGUUGUGAUGCCAUCUACUUAUCCUCAUGCCGCCCCUCAAAUAACGUUUAAAAAUGUGAAGAACGUACUUGAUAGUCAGCUGACAUUAUUAAGGGAAGAGGUAAAGCAAAUCCAUAGGCGUGCGAGAGGACAGGAGAUAAUAUUUGAAAUAACGACGAGGGUGCAGGAGCUGUUGGAUGAGUGUCAGGGACAGGCCAAUACACAGUCUUUAGAGGACGAGAGGGUGCAGCGAUUGGAAGAGGAGAAGAAAAAGUUAGAAAUAAAAGAAAAAGAGAUCAAAGCUAUCAGAGAACAGGAGAGGGCCAAGGAGCAGGAAUUAAUAGAUGAAAUUGUGAAAAAGGAGCUUGAAAAAAGACAGGACGACGACUCUUUGCUCAAGAAAGAAAAAACUUUAGAUUUAUUACCACCCGCGGAAUGGGUGACUUCAGGCGAAGCAGAUGUAUUUCCUAAGGCAAUUAGGGGUAAGCUCCCUAACAACUCGUAUUAUGUGUUUCGCGCAGUUGUAAAUAAGGAGCCCGUUAAGGUAACCGGUGAGAUGUUGUCCUUUGCAAAAUAUCAUACUGUAAAACCAUUUAUUCCUGCAGACUCACCAUUAGUAGGCAUUCUGGCGAACGCAGACUUUAUGGAUAAUUUCCACUAUUUAUUGAUCGAGAUUGAACUGCGCAACUCUUACUUUAAUACUAGCAACGGAAAGAAGGAUAUCUCAAACCUGGAGAAAGAAUUGGAUUCUUUACUCAAGGUGAACCACGAAAAUGUCAACAAGCUUUAUGCAUACACAGUGGAAAGAAGCGGCGCUUCAAGCAGUUCAUUUUACUGGAAAAUUCGUUUAUUAACAGAAUAUUCAGAGUCGACAGCCAUUGGGAAUAUAAUAGAGUCUGUUGGUUAUGUUAAUCUUCCAACAUGUCGAGGUUGGAUGUUAAGACUCCUGGAAGGGUUAGAGAGCUUGCAUAAACAUGGUAUAGCUCAUCGUCAGAUUGACUUACAUACUGUUCACCUGGCUAAGGAUACUGUAUUUGGAAACAGUACUCCGAAGUUAAUGCAUCCGUCAUAUGGAUAUACUAUUACUAAUUUGCUCAAACGUUAUCCAAAUAGGUCCGAUUCAAAACUCUUAGAACACAGCAGUAACUGGAUUGCACCCGAAAUGCUCCAGUUUAAUAAUAGCAAACCAAUAAGAAAAACAGACAUAUAUGAUUUGGGCGUUCUAUUCAUUCAAAUGAUAAAUGGUGUGAAUACGCCGAUAAAUUACCAGUCUCCUGCUGACUUUUUCGAUUCUGUUGAUAUGGAAGAAAGUUUACUCGACUUUUUCCAAAAGAUGCUCGAAAGCGAUCCGAAAGUAAGAUUAGGUCCUAUGGAAUUGCUACCAAUGAAGUUCCUCAGGACAAAUGUAGAUGCAUCAGCUAGCAAGUUUCAUCUGCAUACUGAAAAUUCGUCUUGUUCUCCGACGUUGGUUUCACCCAACAACAAUAUGGUAAGGCCGCGAUCUGUACGUUUGUCGAGGACAUGUGACGUUGGAAGGCGUCGAAGUUUCAAUGUUGGCUCUAGAUUUUCCUCCAUACAUUCAGCUACUCGUUCGAGAUACGCUACCGACUUUGAGGAAAUUGCUAUCCUAGGUAAAGGUGCGUUUGGUCAGGUCGUUAAGGCUCGAAAUGCUUUAGACAGUCGGUACUAUGCUAUUAAGAAGGUAAAACAGACGGAAGAAAAAUUAUCCAGCAUAUUGUCGGAAGUGAUGCUUCUAGCUAGUUUGAACCAUCAGUAUGUGGUGCGCUACUAUGCGGCUUGGUUGGAGGAAGAUGCCAAUUUUAAUGAAGCCGUCGUUUCGUCCAGUGACACUGAAAGUGAUUCUGAGGAAGAAAACAUCUCUUCAGUUAGCUCAGAUACCUUCGCCACCUCUAGCACUAUUAGAAGUCGAGCAACAAUGAGUGGUUUGAAAACCGAUUGGGAUUUUAUAUCUCAUUCUUUUACUAAUGGUAGUGCCUCCAAUAUUAUCUUCGCUAAUAGUACAGAUGACGAUGCCGGCGAAGAUGCUGAUGAACAGCACGCAGACACGGGCGAAGAUGAGGACGGUCCAUUGAGUGAUGACUACUCUCAUGAAAGCAAUGAACACGUUACUGAUAUGAAUAUUGCAACAAAAAAAAAGAAUAAAAUGAAAUCUUCCAAACCAGGAAUAAAAAGCACUUUAUUUAUCCAGAUGGAGUACUGCGAAAACAGAACUCUCUAUGAUCUUAUACACAAUGAAAAUCUUAGUCAACAAAGAGAAGAAUAUUGGAGGUUAUUCAGGCAAAUUGUUGAAGCAUUGAGUUAUAUUCAUUCCCUAGGUAUCAUUCAUAGGGACUUGAAGCCAAUGAAUAUUUUCAUUGAUGAAUCAAGAAACAUAAAAAUUGGUGAUUUUGGCUUAGCAAAAAAUGUUCACAGAUCUGCUGAUAUUUUGAAGAUAGAGGGAGAAUUUGGUAGUCACACUUCAACUGAAGAUUUGACCUCAGAAAUAGGAACAGCUUUAUAUGUUGCUUCUGAAGUAUUGACCGGAAAUGGAACUUAUGACGAAAAGAUAGACAUGUAUUCCUUGGGUAUUAUAUUUUUUGAAAUGGUUUAUCAUUUUGAUACUUUAAUGGGAAGGGCAACUGACUUGAAAAAGUUGAGAUCUGUUGCCGUUGAAUUCCCUAAAGACUUCGACCCAUCUAAGACUACUGAAAAAAAGAUUAUGAAGUUACUUUUAGACCACGAUCCUAGUAAAAGACCUUCUGCGGCUAAACUACUCAGUAGUGGAUGGUUGCCAGUAAAACAUCAAGACGAAGUGAUCAAAGAGGCCUUGAACAAUUUAGCAGACCCAUCGUCUCCUUGGCAGCAGCAAGUAAGAGAAAGUUUAUUCUCUCAACCGUACAGCUUGUCAAACGAUAUCUUAUAUGAUAACUCUCAAUCUGUGACCUCUCCUUUCAAUCAGUUACUGAGGGCGCAGAUGAGGGAAGAAGUGGAGAUGAUAUUUAAAAGACAUGGUGGUGUGGAAAACAACGAACCUCCUGUUAUUUUCCCAAAAGCUCCAAUAUAUUCUUCGAAGAACGUGUAUGAAGUAUUGGACAAGGGAGGCUCUGUCUUACAGUUGCAGUAUGACUUAACUUAUCCUAUCGCAAGGUACCUGUCAAGAAAUCCAAACUGUAUUUACAAACAGUACAGAAUGCAAUUCGUUUAUAGACCACCAGAUCAUUCUCACAACAGUUUAGAACCGCGCAAAUUUGGCGAAAUUGAUUUCGAUAUUAUAUCCUCAUCUUCAGCAGAUUCAACUUUAUAUGACGCUGAAAGCAUUAAAAUUAUUGAUGAGAUUAUUGAUGUUUUUCCUGUCUUUGAAAAGACUAACACUUUACUUGUAAUUAACCAUUCCGAUAUUUUAGAGAAUAUCUUUAAUUUCUGCUCAAUUGACAAAGCUCAAAGGGCAAUAGUUUCUCAUAUGCUUUCGCAGCUUGGUUUUGGUAAAUCUUUUAAAGAUAUCAAAGCAGAGCUCAAGGCGCAAUUGACAAUAUCCUCAACAACAUUAAAUGAUUUGGAAAUGUUUGAUUAUAGGGUGGACUUUGACAACGCGAAGAAAAGGCUAAGCAAAACAAUGAUAGACAGUCCUUAUUUGUCGAAGGUAGAAGAGUCUCUUUCUUACAUAUUUAAGGUGUUAAAUUUCUUAAAAUCAUUAGGUGUUGUGAUGAAUGUCGUUCUAGCGCCAUUAAGCAAUUAUAACAGUGGCUUUUAUAAAGGUGGUAUCAUGUUCCAAGCUGUAUAUGACAACGGGAAAUCGAGGAGUAUUGUAGCUGCAGGAGGCAGGUACGACAGUCUAAUAUCUUACAUUGCCCGUCCAUCUGGAGGUAAGAUUAGUCAUAUAAAGAGGGCUGUGGGUUUCAAUUUGGCAUGGGAAACCAUUUUUGUAACUGUGCAAAACUACUUUAAGCUGGCUUCAGGAAAGAAAACGAAAAAGCGAAGCAAAUUCCUAAAAGAAAAUGCCAUCGAAUGGAAACCUAAGCGAUGCGAUGUCCUGGUUUCCAGCUUCUCAGUGGCCAUUUUAAACAGUAUUGGUAUACAGAUUGUUAACAAACUCUGGAAACUAGGCAUAAGUGUUGAUAUGGUUCGUAACUGCUAUUCAGUUGAAGAUGUCAUAACCGCAGCGCAGUUGGAUGGUUGUGAUUGGAUAAUUUUGAUAAAGCAACAAAAUUUUGCACAAUCUGGACAUAAGAGGAAAUAUAAGCCCCUACGAGUUAGGAAUUUGAGUAGCGAGGUGGACGUUGACGUUGACCUCGAAGAGUUCAUCUCCUUAUAUUUCCAGGAAACCAAUGAGAAGCCUGCGACUGAUAUCUUUGUUCCUGAUGACACACAGUUUGAAGAACCUUCCAAUAAUUGGCAAGACUUUAAGAACUCUGAUGCUAGCCAAGAUGGAGGAAGUGGUGUUUUCCCAGUAAGCCAGCAGAAAGUUAUCUACAUUCCAAAUAACUCCGCAAGGGCAAAAGCAAAACAGCACAAAAAAGAUAAAUGGAUGUUUGAAGAAUCUGCCAAAGAUGCAUCAAAAUCGAUUGUUAAUAGUUUGUCCGCUGCACCCGUAUUUGCGGUAGAUGCAAUAAGAGAUGAAACUCUCGAAAUAAUUUCAAUCACAUCCUUAGCCCAAAAGGAUGAAUGGUUGAGAAAAGUUUUUGGUGCUGGCGCUAAUUCUGCUCCUAGGAGCUUUGCAACGAGCAUUUACAACAAUUUAUCCAAAGAGGCCGCUAAAGGUACCAAAUGGGCUAUUGUACAUUGUCAUAAAACAGGUAAAUCUUGCGUGGUCGACCUACAGCGCUAA